AUGGCAUUGAUGAGCGACAGAGGAGUGGCGGCCAAACGCGGCGCCCAAUUUUCGGACAACAGUCCCGACUCUCUAUUACACACGUGUAUCCGAUAUGUGGUCAGAGAGAGUCUAGACGUGCGGUCCGUGUCUUUGCCGCACGAGAUCUGCGAUUUACUCAUUCACGUCUAUCGGGAGACGCAUAUGAAUGACAGGAAACUCAUGAGCGACUCAUUGCCAAAGUUUUUGUCCCAAUUCGGGGCCAAUAAUAGCCGCGUAUGUGUGGCCAACUUUGCCGACCUGUCCAUCAGUGACGAGACACUGGAAUCGUUUCUCGAGGAGCACUCGAAGAGCAUCACUCAUUUAAAUGUGUCCGACUGUCUGCAGCUGACGGGUCGGGCCCUAACGCACAUCAAUACAGCGCUCACUCGUGUUGUAGAUCCGCGUCGACUGCACCGCACAGUACGGGUCAUAGAGGAGGGUCCGGAUGAUGAGUGCCGUGUCUUAUACACCAAAGAUUACUCCAAUGGUGUCAUCACAACCACGAGAGACAACUGCGCUGUCGAUGAAGAGGUGGGAAUCAUUACCGAUGAUUACUCUCUGACACAAGCGAUGGGUGUCUUCGAUGACUCGGAUUUCAGUGACUUUAAGGCCCGAAAAAUAGGCGAAUUGAAUGACAUUCGGGGUUACGAUUGGCGACUAUCGGACGAAGCGAUGGCCGUUGAAUGCGAUGGAGUGCCGGCCGUAGCGACCAAACGGUCACCAAUUCCUGUGAGUGAAUGCGAUUACUAUAAGCCGUCGGAGAGUUUCAGUAAGAAUUUGGGCGACAAUCGGAUCAAGACUUUAGAGAUCAACACAUGGCAGCCGUCGCCCCUCCAGACACUCAUUAUCGGCUGCGCAGUGAAUAUACUGCCCGAGUAUUACAAAGACAGUCUCGAAGAUGGGGAGUUGUCAUCAAAUAGUUAUCUAAUUAGCCCAUUGUUAACAAUACGUAAACUAGUGCUACACCAGUGGAGCUCAAUCGACUGGUCGCCCCCUUAUCUCACGCAUAUAAUUAACUCUCAAAUGCAACACACGUUACAGCACUUAGACUUAAGUGAUGGCGAUAUCGAUGACGGCUCACCACUGGAACAGUUGCGGGCAUUGAAAACGUUGAUUUUAGCCGACUGUCCGCGACUACAUCUGGCCAUCAGUAGUAUCGCUAAGAUUAAGUCUUUACGUUGUCUCGACAUCUCAGCCACUGAUGAAGACUGGGGACAUGUUUAUGAAGAGCCUAACGAACAGUUGGCACUUAUAGCGAACUCUUUGCCCGAACUGACACGACUGGACAUAUCGGGCACUAAUCUCGCCGGGGAGAACUGCGAAUAUAUCCCGGGAUUAGUUUCACGAAACACAACACCAUUUGAAUAUUUAGGACUCUAUAAUACGGCCAAUGAGGCGGCCUAUAGGCGCACAAUACCCGCCCAUUCAGUUUCGGGCGACGCCACUGAAGAGCAGAUACUGACUGCUUGUGAAGCUUAUAUCGAUAGAGUCGAGUUCUUGGAGCGUACACUCAAUGAUCUGUUCAACUGUUUCCAUCUUGAAACUAACUUUCAUGACGUGAACCGAGCGCUCGAUAUUGUGUUGCGAUCGAUGUCCAGACAUUUGCAUAACGAGUACAUCCAAACCGUGGCCACCAUUUUGCUCUUUAAUAUCGUUCACUCAGAUCUAGCGAACCAUAACUUCAAUUUUAAAGUCAAACGAGUGAUAAUUACUAAACUUCUGGAUACUAUGCAUAGACAUAGAUAUGACUUCACUAUAUUACAAAACGGAAUAUUGUCUCUCGUACACUUCGAUAUACCAACUGAUCUG